GCGCUGAGGAGGUGCCGCGGCGGCGCUGUCCGCGCUGCCUCGCCUGCGCCGCUGAGCGUGCGGCGCAAACCGCCUGCGCGCGCCGCCGCGCCUGCACACGCGGCGCUGCGCGCGCUCGACCUCACGGGCAACGCGCCGAUGCACCUCGGCCGGCGACGGCGGCGCGUGGCUGUCGCGCGCGGCGCUGCGCGCGCUUGCCACCGGCGCGCUGCUGCUGAGCUUGCGGUGGAGGCGUGCUGGGCGGGCCGGGCGCCCGCAGCUGCGCGACCUGCACCUCGCGCACAACGCGCUGCGCGGCCUGGGCGCCCGCGCGGUGACGGCGUUGCCGCGCCUGCGCGCGCUCGACCUGCGCGGCAACCCGCUGCGCUGCGACGCCGCGCUGCGCCCGCUCUGGCUCGCCGCCGACGCCCGCCACGUGCGCGUCGACGCCACCUGCCUCGAGCCGCCGGGCGACUGGGACAUGCUGCGCUACGUCGGCGACGCCGCCUCCACCACGCUGGUGCGCUACGGCGUGCGCUGGGGGCCCGUGCUGGGCGGCUUCCUGCUGGUGGUGGCGUCGGUGCUGCUGCUGCGCAAGUGGCUUCGACCACAUGAGCACCAAACGCUUCCAGUACUCCACAAGUCCAAGGAGUACGUGUACGAGUCGGAGGAGGACGAGGACACCACACCACCAAUGAUCACCGACGCCGGCAGCCACAGCGUGUCCGCCGCUGGCGACGCCUCGUCCGCCCUCUGCCCGUCGCCCCGCCCCCGCCCCGGCUCCGCCCCGCCGCCCGGCCCGCCCGGCAGGGCCCGUCGCCCCCCGGGCGCACGCGCUUCGCCGUCGUGCCCCACCGUCGUCGCUAUCCGCCCCUCCUGGCGCCGCGGCCGCCCCGCCCACCCUGAAGAUGCGAGUUGGUGGGUGCUAUCUCUCCUGUCUAAGGAACACGUGCGCUGUGCAAAUGCUCCAAGGCAGUUUACUGAAAAGACACUGCGUGUUCGUGAUGGAGGACUUGUCUCAUUGUUCCGU